CAUUAUGAUUGGCGCAUAAGAAUCCGUCGCAUUUUUGAGUACGGACGCACACAGUGGUCGUGUUUGUAAAUCGUACAAACAAACAAACAAAGGGUGGGACAUUCUUUCUCGAUCUAGUAAUGUGAUUAGCAAAAUGACAAGUGACCAGUCGGUAACUAGCAGCAGCUCUCAGGCCAGACAUUUUGGUCUAUACAGGACUAUAGACGCAAGGACCGAGGAGUUUUUAAGGCUCUCCAGGAAACGUCAGAUUCGGCAAGGCUGCGCCUGCGCAGCGGUUUCCACUGCGAUCACCGUUACAAUUAUUGUUGCAGUUCUACUGAUCUACGAGUAUGCGAUUGUUGUAGAAACGAAUUUAGUACAAAAUAGGAAAAGCCUAAACAAAUCGGACAGAGAAAAGUCUAUGAAAAAUCUUAGACCCAUAGCUGAUAGGUUAGAUAGAAGCUAUUUUGGAUUCGAUCAAGAUUAUUAUGAAAGAAUGCCACUCCUUGUAAAUGCAUUGGCUGAAAAUAUUUACACACAACCUUUUCCAGAAACUGUUAAAGUGCAUACAUUCAAAAAACACGAUAUAGCUUUGAGAGCAAAUUUACCUUUUAAUACUUACAAAAUGAUUCGAAGAACAAGUCCAAGACCAUUUAAUUAUGAGCAAAUUUCUACACCCUAUCCUUUUGGCAAAACUUAUGGAUCAAAGACCUGGGUUGAUAGUUAUCGUAAUGCUCAAAGGAUGAAAAAUCUUCAACAUAUCAUGAUGUAUCUUGGGAAAACAAUAAACGCGAAACUCGGUGAUGUGCAUACUAUUCCAACACAAACGCACAUCGCUUUUACUGGAAUGUAUAUCGAACCUGCUACCACUAAAUACACCACGGAUAGUGUUAUGCAAAAGAUAAAGCCAACACAUUCUCGGCAUCGAGUGGACCCCUUAUUCACAUUUAAACCUGACAACCCAGGCGAUGUAAAUCUUUUAGCAGAAGACAUUGCAGUUUUUAAUGAUAACGAAGAGAAAAAAGGAACUUAUCCAUAUCCUCGUAUCGAUGAAAAUUGUAGCCAUAAUCCUCAAGAACAAAAUAAAGCAACUGAAAAGUCAAAUUCUAUCGAAGAUACUAAAAGACAUGGUUACAGAAAUCAAGACUUAUUUACUCAGUCUCAUUACUCGACCACACAAAAAAUGCUGGAUAAAAUAUACAUCACAACUACACGUCCUAUAAUACACUUUAAAUUAAGAUCUGCAAGGCCAGUUACACGUACAUAUUUCAGGUACACAAGACCAAGACCACCUCCCAAAGAAGUAAACACUAUCGACUCUAAUAAUAAGCGUAAACCAGAUUUGAAUAGCAGUACUAAUAUGAUACUUAAUGUAAAUGUUUUUCAAACCGAAACUGCGACAAGAGAUGAAGACGUUAAGGAGAAAGAAAUUAAAGAGACAACUACAAUAAAGCCGAUUAAACAUAUACCAAUAAUUCUAGCUAAGCAUGUAGAAGAUUACCAUGCGGGGAGUUCAGGCAUUAUUCCAAUGACGGCGACGCAAAUGAUUCAGCCAGAAUUAACAACUAUAACACCAAUUAUUGAUACUACAGAAACGUAUUCUGAAAAUGUUUGGUCAACUAAUCCACCUAAUGUAAUAAAAUUUAGUCGAGAGGAUGCAAAAGUACCAGAUCAGUACACGACAAUGUCAAAUUAUGAUACAACAAUCACAACGGAAGCUACAAGAACAUACAAGAGCGUUGACUACGACGAAAAUCAAAAUACCGAAGCAAAAACACUUAUUAUAAAAUUAGUAAAUAAUUUAGAAGCAACAACUAGCCAAAGCAAUAAUUAUGAUGAUUCAGAUGUUGAAGAAAUAACAACAAAUACUUAUGUACCGCAAAUUAACGGUCAUUAUAGGAAUAUGGAGCAAAAUGUUCGAAAACUCUUCGAACUUUUGAAAGAAAAUUCAGAAAAAUAUAGGAGGCACAGACUAAAACCUAUAACUACUGUUCGUUCUCCGACUUACGUACCAGUGUAUUUCGAAAUUAAAAGAAACCGCACCAGGCAGUUCAACGGAAAUAAUAAAUAAUAUUUAAAAAUAUGUUUACAAAUUAUCAAGAUUUCGUUCUCCCACCGAUUUAUUUCUCUUUUUUACUUAUAUAAUUUUAUCAA